GGUUGUUUCUUUCUUCUUCUAUGCCCUUUCCCAAGAUUGUCUCUAUAAGGACAAUCUUUCUUCAGUUCCUUAUUCUUAAUUCGUUUUAAAAUUUCUACUUCUGUUAUUCCAUGAUCUGUGCUAUCUCAUGCAGUUAGUAUACUAUACAAUGAAUUGUUGUUUCUUUUUCAAAAUUGGUUUGUCGAAUUUUGAUCAAUAAUACAGGAACUUGCGAAAAAGAUCAAUCCCCAGAACAAGCAUGCAAAAACAGUUAGGGCUGGCUGAGGAGGAGGUGAACAAAAUGAAGGAGAGAUUGAUUGCAGCAGAAGAAGAAAGAGACAGAGCAAUCAACAUUCUCCGAGAGUUGAAGGUAGGAGGAGAGUUUUCGCCGAGCAAGUGGUCGACGGCAAUGACCUCCGGGAAAGUAGCAGAUGUCCAUACGGAGCUCACCUUGGUGAAGGAAUCGUUAACGAAUGCAAGCAAGGAAUUGAAGAUCAAGGAGAAAACAAUUGAGUCAUUGAGGUCGGAACUCAGGCAGAGGAAAGAGCUGGAGUUGAAAAUAGCGGAGAAAGAUUGCUCCCUGAGGAAGUUGAGGGAUGAACUGAAUCACAUCAAAUCAUCUGAGACCGACGCAAUUAAUCUGCUAUCGGAAGGGAUGAAGAGAAUUCAAGAAAUGGAAACGGAAAUUGACAAAGGGAAGGAAGCAGAAGCGAAAGUGAUGGAUUCAUUGGCUGCUCAGACGAAACAGUUUGAACAAACCAAGAUGUCACUGGAAGAAUCGAGGCUAGAAAUCAAGUCUCUUCGUCAAAAGGUGAAGCGAUUGGAAGGCUCCGUGGAGAAAAACGGCAGUGAUUCACCGAGAUCCGUCAGGGCUGAUCAAGCUUUGAGAAAAACAGUGGAGAAUCUGAAAUCGGAGCUUCAUUUUGCAAAAGAAAAUCUGGCUUGUUCUCAAGAGGAAGAGAGGAAAACUUUCUUGAAGAUGAAGAAUCUGCUCGAAGAGAAUAAUAGGCUAAAAAAUGAACUGAAAUCAGCAACGGAAGCAGAGGAGACGAACAAGAAAGCCAUGGAUGAUUUAGCUCUCGCUCUGCAAGAAGUAGCAAUGCAAUCCAAUAAAGCAAAGGAGAGACUCUCCUCCACGGAAGAAGACCUGGAAGUAGCACAAGGGGAGAUAGAACAGUUGAAGAUGAAGCAGAAGAACACAAAGGAGAAAUGCUCCGAAGCAAAGAAAGAAGCAGAUAAAUGGAAAAACACAGCAGAGAGAUUGAGACAGGAAGCCGAAGAAUCACUGAUGGCAUGGAAUGGGAAAGAGACGGGCUUUGUCGGGUGUAUUAAGAAAGCUGAGGAGGAGAGGAAUGCUGCACAACAAGAAAAUACUAGACUGAUACAAGCUCUCAGGUCGGGUCAGAAUCUGCUGAUGAAAGCUAAAGAAGAGAAUCAGAAACUCAGAGACAUACUGAAACAGGCGAUAAAUGAGGCUAAUGUGGCGAAAGAAGCAGCAGCGAUUGCAAGGGAGGAAAACUACCAGCUCAAGGAUGCUUUCGCUCAAAAGGAUGCAGCUCUGAAUUUUCUUUCUCAGGAGAGUGAAAAUCUCAAGAUCAAUGAAGCUGCAGCGUUUAAUAAUAUCAGGGAAUUGAAGAGAUUGUUGGCUGAAGCAACAAUUAAGGAUUGGAAAACAGAGGAUAAAGAACGAGGGAUGGUAUCAAAGUCGCCGGAUCCCAUUGAGCAGUAUGAAGAUGCUGAUGAAGAACAUGUCCAUCAAAAAGAUGAUAGAGAACAGGAGGAACACAAAGAUGACAAGGAGCAGGCAAAGAACAAAGAUGAUAAAGAACAGGAGAAGCACAAGGAUGAUAAAAAAAAGGAGAGGCACAAAGAUGAUAAAGAUAAAGAACAGGGGAAACAUAAAGAUGAAAAAGAACAGGUGAAGAAAGACAAGUUACAGAACUCCAAUGGCAAGGAGCAUAGGAGGAAAUUGAGCAAUACCAUCAAUUUCAACCUCAAGGAUCUGAAAAUCACACAUAAUAAACACAAGGAAGGAGAAGAGCAGGAGCACAAACCUGCUGGAAGCAUAGACUGUGAUGAAGAUGACUCCUGUGAUUGCUCUGACCCCCUCAAGGGCUCCAUAUUUGACACUGCUGAAACUCCUAAAGCUGAAACUACCGCAACACACCAAAGGAAGAAGUCGUCAUCAGGAUGCACAUUCACAGAGGAAGGAGAUCACAUGAACUCGGAGGAAUUUGAUAAUCUAGACGGUGCUCAUUUUGAUGAGACGGAGGGUGAUAGAAGCACAAGAAAGAAAAGAGCAUUGCUACGGAAAUUUGGAGAUCUUAUAAGGGGAAGAAGUUUUCAUAGAAGGGAGUUAGUUGAAUAAACCACACCUCUGUGCACACGGUAACUAUAAUUGUUGUUGUUGUAUAAAGCAUACUUGAUUUUGAAUUUUUUUUCCUUAGAUACAAGAAAGUUUAGGAUGAAAGGAGGUUACCCCAGUCCAAAACCAG